UUAUAUAUUAAUAAUCUAUAUGUUAAGACAAAUCAAACAAGAUCACACAUGACUAUAUUUAGGCUUACACAUUGAGAGAAUUUGAUGAGUCAAAGUGCUUAGAUGAACAGUUCCAAAAGUCAAAAGUGGACAAAGAGAGUAGGACGGAGUUGGCUGACAACCGGAGAGAUUCGCAGCAGCUCUUGCCGCCUUCAUCUACGUCUUCUCCAGAAGAACAGAACCGGAGAAGGAGCCAGGAGCGGAUGGAGGGAUUUAGGUGUACCUCCCUGUGAUGGUGUUUGUAUUUGUUUAUCACUGGGUUUGCUACUGCUCUUAGUCGCCAUCUGGAUUUAGUUUCCGCCAUCGACGUCCUGGUCCAGUUGGAAGAACUACAGCGACCUAUCUACGAGGAGUCGUAUAUCUAUUUGAAGAUUAUCUCGUAGCCAUCACGGGUGCUUGAGUGCUACAUAAUCUUUCUUGUCUGUAGGUUCACACAUAAAAACAGAUUUCAAUCACAUUGGAAGCUCAAUGCCUGUAGACAGAGGAGGAAACCCUCAAUGGAUCCCUGGUCUCCACCCAGACAAUAAUACCCAGAAAGCACAGCUUCCCGGACUGCUACCACUGUUCCCCGGUCAGUGUUUCAGUUUCAUACAAAAUAAUUGGCUUCUACAGUUUUUACCAUGCCUAGUUAAUCUAGUGUUAAAUUUUUGAAGGAAAGAGCUUCAUUUGUACUCCCUGUGCCCAAAACAAUCUGUCCCUAAAGUGUCCUAUUUUAUAAAAUGAAGCUAAUUUUUCAUGUAAGUUGUGGGUAAAUUUUACAAGUUAAACAUGAUAAUUGUUGUAAACCGAAAUGUGAACUUUUCAAAUAUUAGCAGCACCCAUUGUGUUCCCAUUGCUAAAAGAGUCAUUGUUUACAAUACUUUAGCUUCAGGUUGAUAAUGAACUAAAUCAAUAUUGCACAUUAGACUUUUCUUGCUUCUUAUUUGUUUCAUACGAUUACUAGCUUUCUGCAUUUCCUUCAAUUCUCAGGAGACGCCAGUUGCAUCAUUAUAUCCUGAUUGGACAAGCUCUCUUCUGGCUUAUUAUAGUGCUGCUGCUACACCUCUCUUCUUUUCAUCAACUGUUGCUUCUCUUACUCCCCAUACCUAUAUGUGGGGAGGCCAGGUGAUUUAUGCCUAUUCAAAUCAUUAAUUAAUGUUAUACAUAAAUUUUCACACAUCUUAAAUGGUUUAACAUGGAGGUAACACUUAAUCUGCUUGUGUUGUGUUUCUACUUUAGCCUCUAAUGUCGCCAUAUGGGACUCCGGUUUCAUAUCCUGCUAUGUAUACUCGUGGUGUAGUCUAUACCCCCUUUUUAUUAAUAUUUUAAAAAAUAGUAUAGCAAAGGAAUCGUUUGGUUAGAAAAAACCGAUGCUAAUACUCUUUUCUUUUAAAUUAAUAAAAUAGCAAAGGCAUCAGUUGUUUAGAAACAACCGAUGCUAAUACUCUUUUUUUAAAAUUAAUAAAAUAGCAAAGGCAUCGGUUGUUUAGAAACAACCGAUGCUAAUACUCUUUUUUUUUAAAUUAAUAAAAUAGCAAAGGCAUCGGUUGUUCAGAAACAACCGAUGCUAGUACUCGUUUUUUAAAAUCAAUAAAAUAGCAAAGGCAUAGGUUGUUUUUGAACAACCGAUGCUAAUACUCUUUUUUUUUUAAAUUUAUAAAAUAGCAAAGGCAUCGGUUGUUUAGAAACAACCGAUGCUAAUACUCUUUUUUUAAUAAAAUAACAAAGGUAUCAGUUGUUUCCGAAGCGAUGCAAUUGAAUUGGACCAAUUGCAUCGCUUGUAUUUACAUCGGUACAAAACCGAUGCUAAAGCUAUAAAACAAUCGGUGCCUUUGCCCUUUUAUGUACUAGUGACACAUGCUCAAAGUUAACUAUGGGUUUGCAGCACUCUUUUUCAAAAAUGCUUAGACUAUGCUGCUAUCUAUCGCCUUCUGCGUCGAAGCUCUUGCCCCUCCCGACUUGCAGAUUCGCAAAGGUCAAGUUUUUCCGGGUAAGGGCGUUUGGAACGGCGGCCCCGAUCGCCGCUGAGAAGAACGGCAGCGACACCUUCUUCGCGGAGGAAGACGUUUCUUGGAAGUCUCUCGGCGUCUCUGACCGCCUAUCCCAGUCUUUAUCUAGUAUUGGGUUUCAGAGGCCAUCUCUCGUUCAGGCUGCUUGCAUACCAAAUAUAUUGUCUGGAGCUGAUGUGGUGGUUGCUGCCGAGACUGGUAGUGGCAAAACCCAUGGAUACUUGGUUCCGUUGAUCGAUAAGCUUUCUAAAAGUGGUGGUAUAUCAGGAGGAGGUCUGUUGGAGAGAGAAGCAACAAAGUCCCGUCAACUCUCUCUUGUUCUAUGUCCAAAUGUCAUGCUAUGUGAGCAAGUGGUCAGAAUGGCCAACUGUCUUUGUAACAAUAGUGGCGAACCAUUCCUCAAGGUUGCUGCUGUUUGUGGCCGACAGAUCGGUAUCCACAUUAUCUCCUCCUCCAUGCCUUCUUCUUCUUCAACCGGCUCGCCUUCUUCUCUACCGCCCGCUGCUAUGGUGAAGAAGGGUGAAGAAAAACAAGCAGCAACGUCUUCCCUGUUAUCACGACUUCCUCCCAUCCUGUCAGUUCUUCACCAAACUCCACAUCCUCAUAGAGCGAGUGAUCAAGAGCUCUUCCAUACCGCGCGCCUCAUCAGGAGGAGGUCGGAGGAAUUCCUCUACAUACAGUUGACCAGAUUUGAAUGUUGUGUUUUUGUAAGAUAUGGCACCUCUGUAACCCAAGAAUCACAACCCGCACAGAGAUGGCUCUCGCGGCCUGUGGCCAACCCUAUCGCAGAGACAGAGACGAUGAAAAGAAGUAGGGAGAGAAUUGGAAGUUUUUGCAGAGCCAUGGUGGUUUGGGCGAGAGAAAUAAGAUGCUGCGAUUUGGUGUUGAUUGAAUUGGGGCAAUGUGAUUUGGGGUUAUAUACCGAGAGUGACCACACUAGGAAGUCCGUUGGAGGUUAUUCUAACCGGGCCACAUUGCUCGGGGGUGGUGAUGCGUGGAGUAACUGAUUCCCUCUCCUUCCUGAAUUUUAAAAAUUCCCGCCCUGUUCCAUUUUGAUUUUAUGAAAUAAUUCCAAAUUAAAAGAGAAUAAGAUUAAAGUCACAGU